ACAGCGAGACGUAAAGGGUCGUAGAUAGUGAACGUAUUCUGUAGUUCAGCGGUGAAAUGUUAUGACGUGCAGCAUCUGUCUUUGUUUCAAUAACAUUCGAGUAGUUUUUCAAAAGGAUCUUAGUUAACAUAAUGUAAAAAACGUCGUAACAUACAAUAAUAAGUAUUUGCAUUGCGAUGAUUUUUUCCAAAGUAUGAUCGUGCCACAAGAAAUUAGCUUAGUUAGGUGUUCACAUUUGUUAAGUUCUGUGUAUGUUGUGCCAAUAAUGAGAUAGUGGAGUGUUGUGAUGCGGCUGUGGGACAUGUGGGGCGUGCUAUGGACCGUCGAGGCCCUGGCACAGCUCGUAGGGGUGGUGGCGACACCUCUGGAUCCCGCGCCACUGACUUUGCGAGGGUUGUCACCAUUCGUGCGGCACUGGCAACCGGCGGGCUACGAGCCGGUGACGCGGCAUCGCCGACGGAGAUCUUUGCCUCUUCCCCCGCCCACCACCACACUACGCCUCUUCUUCACAGCUCACAAUAAGGAGUUUCGACUAGUGCUGCAGCCAGACCCGAGCUCCGUUUUCGCGGAGGGCGUGCAGUUCCACUCCUCGGCCGGACCCAUAGACUACAACACCGCCCAUGUCUACUCAGGGAAGUUAGAAGAUGACGAUUCUUCUCAUGUCUAUGGUGUGAUAACCGCUGAUGGUCUAUUUGAUGGAACAAUAUGGACAUCUAGUGAAGAGUAUUAUAUAGAACCUCUUUCCCGGUACAAUAUUGACCAUCCCUCUAUGCACAGUGUCAUAUAUAGAAGAUCAGACGUUGAGCAUCCAUAUGCUAAUAGCGACGUUACGCACUGUGCCUCUCAUCUACUCCACGUCAAAGGCAAACUUGGAUAUCAAGGGGAACUGCUUAACUUUACUGAUCAAGUAACCGUUAAGGAAGUACCUUUUAAUAAUAACUCCGAUGAUUUACAUAGCGAAAUAAACAGAAGAAAGAAGCGAUGGCUUCCUGAAGACGAAAUGCAAGACGACGAGCCAAAGAAGAAUCCCGAACUACCUUUAGACUUAGACGUCCCCUACACCAGUAAUAGUGAUCCAUUCGAUAAGUUUAGUACGAGAAAACCAAAAACCAAAAUUGAUAAAAGUAACCUCAUUACUAAAGUGCGACUCGAUUCAGAAGAGUCGAGACCGAAGCCAAAGACGCACGUUGAAGUGAUUAAAACCAAGGCAGGUGUUGUGACGGUUAGCAAAGACAUAGUUAAGAAGGAACCGGUUGGGUACACUAUACUCUCAGCGAAUGCAAGCGAUGACGGCAGACAUGUGAACAAGAGAGCGACUGUAGAUCCGAGAAAAACUACAUGCUUGGUUUAUUUACAAGCCGAUCAUAUGUUUUAUCAGAGAUAUGGAUCCGAAGAGGCUUGUAUAGAAGUUAUGACGCGACAUGUGCAAAAAGUCAACGCUAUUUAUAAAGUAACAGAUUUUAAUCAAGAUGGAAAACCUGAUAAUAUAACAUUUAUGAUUAAAAGGAUUAAGGUUCACACGCUAGACGCACUGAAAGAUCCAGCCUACAGAUUUCCUAACAACUAUGGCGUAGAAAAGUAUUUAGAACUUUUUUCAGAGGAAGACUACGAUGCUUUCUGCCUAGCGUACAUGUUUACGUAUCGUGACUUCGAGAUGGGCACGUUGGGCCUCGCGUGGACGGGUGACUUAAAAAACGCUGGAGGUGUCUGUGAGAAGAAUGGCCACUACCGCGGCAGUAUGAAAUCGCUGAACACCGGCAUCGUCACGCUGCUAAACUACGGCAAGCACGUGCCGCCUGCCGUGUCGCACGUCACGCUCGCGCACGAGAUCGGACACAACUUCGGAUCUCCGCACGACCCAGAAAUGUGCACACCAUUCGGCGAAGACGGUAAUUACAUAAUGUUUGCACGAGCGACGAGCGGCGAUCGCAAGAACAACAACAAAUUCUCACCUUGCUCUCUCCGCGCUAUCGACCCCGUUCUAAACAACAAGGCGCGAUCGCCGAAAGGGUGCUUCACGGAACCUCAGCCGGCGAUCUGCGGCAACGGCGUGGUGGAGGAGGGCGAGGAGUGCGACUGCGGCUGGGCGUCCGAGUGCACGGACGUGUGUUGCCGCCCGCAGGCCGUGCGCCCGCACUACAAGCCCUGCACGCUCACCGAGCACAGCGUGUGCAGUCCCAGCCAGGGCCCAUGCUGCACGGCGUCGUGCACGCUGAAGUUCGGCGACAAGUGCCGCUCCGACAACGGCUGCCGCGACGCCGCGCACUGCGACGGCAAGCGCGCCGCCUGCCCCGCCAGCCGCCACAAGCCCAACCGCACGCGCUGCGACAAGGAGCUCGUCUGCUUCAUGGGGGAGUGCACCGGGUCGAUCUGCCUCGCGUACGGCUUGGAGUCGUGCCAGUGCGCGCCGCGCAAGGACGACCCGCGCUCGGCGUGCGAGCUGUGCUGCCGCAAGCCGGGCGGCGCCUGCGUGUCCUCGUUCCACUGGAACACCGCGCCCUUCGACGUGCCCGACAUGUAUGCGAAGCCCGGCACGCCAUGUAACGACUAUAAUGGGUACUGCGACGUGUUCCAGCGCUGCCGAGAGGUGGACCCGUCGGGCCCGCUGGCCACGCUCCGCAAGCUGCUGCUGUCCGACGAGAGCAUCGCCGGCUUCAAGCGCUGGGUGCUGCGCCACUGGUACGCGGUGCUGCUCAUCCUGCUCGCUGUCAUUGCUCUGCUGGUGGCUAGCACCCGCUUCUUCGGCCGCCAUGCAAAGAAAAUCAAAUCAGUCACAAUCAUUCAUUCAUCGACCACUGAAACCGUCCGCUUGCCAGAUGCCGCUGAUCAAGGUCUUAUCGUCCACACUGCCGUCAGAUCUAAACUACCUCUGAAGAAGAAAGUCGCUCUGCGAACUCGUGCUUAUCGUAAUAAGAAGGACACAAAGCAAGGCGAUAAAGCGUCUCCUUCACAUAAUUUGAAAAAGAGGAAGCCAGUCAAUCAACCGAAGUUGGAUGAACCACAUAAAGUGGCGAAGGAAAGCACAGCAGUUGUAACAAAUACUGAGGGCAAAUCUCCAAAACACGUAAUUUUAUCAAAACAUAAAAACAAAGUUAAGAAACGUAAAGUAAAAGUUAAGAAAGAAACAAUCGAUUAUAGUUCCUUGCAAAAACAUUCCGCGUCUACCCCGCCCAAGGACACGGAGGCUUUGACUAAAGUACAGAAGUGGCUUCUCAGUUCCCCCCAGCCCACUGUCAUCCCUAAAUCUAAGUCCAUACCUCUAGGUCUCACGGAGAGAACACACAGACCGGCACCGAAGGGUACCAGGAAAACUAGACCGUCCAAAAGCGCAUCUAAUCUGCUCUCUGGUGAAAAAACCAGGUUACAGGUUGUUUUUAAACCUCCCUUUAGAUUCAGUGUUAAAAUUUGUAAGAGUGACAAAACAAAAGUGGUGCUCGACAAAUCUUCUAAGCCCGACGUAGAUAGAAAACAGCACGACGUCUUGCCUCAACUGACUUGCCCAGUGGAUGGUGCGAAACAUAGUUCUAAGACACCCAAGCAUUCUCAGUCUGUAAGUAAUAUUGACAAUAAUAGUUUACCUAAAACUGAACCGGCAAAUCAAGAAAGUGGUUGUCAUGGUUACGAAAAUCUCCUGCCACGGAGCGCUAGUGACUGUAAGUUAGGGAAAAAAUUACCCGAUUCAAAAAUUCGUACCGGUCAUAAAAAGAGUAACUCUGUGGGUCAGAAACGCGAAACGACAGAGAGUCGACAGAAUCUAAUAUCUCACGAGGACUUCGACAACACUCACGUUUACGAGAACGUCCUUGCGACCCAAGACUCUUUCGUUCCGAAGAGUUGUAGUAUGCCACGAAGACAAACCACGAGCGGUAUCUCGAGGCAAAGCAGCUACGGACAUCUACCUAGAGCUCAAAUUCGUCCACAGAGACAUAGCACGAAUAACAUAAGCCGGUCUAGGAACAACAGCACCAACGAAUCUGAGCACUUCUACAACAUAAUAGAAACUCUCAGGAGAGACAACUCGGGCAACGCGAAUACCUGUCGAACCAACACGAGCAGCUCCUCGGGGAGCAGUCGCGAGGGAGUCGCGAAGAUCUCGAGUAAAUCGUCGCGUCAGAACAGCUUAAUCGACAAACCCUCACGCUCAAAUCUCGCAAACGCGCCCUCGUCGUCGAAAUCGUUGAGGCAACUCGGCGACGUCGAACUCGAGAAAUCGCAGCCUAUAGACAAUAAUUCAAGGGGCUUCCAACUGGUGGUGGGGAAGGACAGACUGAAGCGGCAGCUGAGCGACAACGAGCUGAGUCGGUCGCGGCUGCAGCUGGCGAUGCCGAUGUCGGCGGGCGCCGAGCCGCGCCAGCCGUUCUGCUGGGCCCGCCAGCGCGCCACCUACACGUUCGGCGAGCUCAAGAACACCGUCCCCAACUCGACGGACGCGGCCGCCGGCGACGGCGUUCACAUCUCACCGGAAGAUUUUCUGAAAAUUAUCGACAACUAGUCGGCUCUCGGUCGGGACUCUAGGGUUAGUCGUUUUCGUUGGCGAGUUAUGAUUAAUCGAUGUGUAUAUUAUGAGAUAUUCGCAGGUCUCCUGGCGGCCGAUGUAAAUAUUGUAAUGUGCUUCUAUUAUUAGGAAUAAAAUGCGCCACUGAAACAGGCCAUUGCUCAGUUCUGACGAUGGAACGUCACCGAAAACACCAGUUUUAUUUGGCUUUCGACAUAUAUACUACGAAAUAAGUCUCCAUAUACAGAGUAUCGAAUAUCUAUUAACAUUGAGCGGGCUUAUUAUUAUGUGUUACUAAAGUUAAUGUAAAAAAGUAAGUCACUUUACUGAUUUAUAUAUUAUGAUGUAUUAAUUUCCUGCUAGAAUUGAAAAGGGUAAACAAAAACUUUUUAUACAAAAUAAAUGAUUUAGCUAUAAGUUGAUUAUUAUAAUUUUGCUGGCAAUGGUUUAGUUUCACUGAACGAUCUCUAUAAAUGAAUCUCUAUUUUUUCUACAUACUAUGUACCUAUUGUACAAAUUUACUCAUACUUAUGUAAAGUGUUCAUAUAUAUUAUAUAUAUAUUUAUUUUAUUACGUGAAAUAUGUAUUCUUUUACGCAAUAAAAAUGUCCAUUAUUAUUUAAAAUAAGCUUUUAUCGAUGAAAUUGCGACAUACAAUAAUAAUCAUUUUAUUGUUUUAUGUGCUUAGUACAAUGUUAAUUUUUUUUUUCUAAUAGCUGUCAAUUAAUAUGUCAAUCUGUUAAAAUUAAUAAAUGUCUAUAAAAAGUACUCUGCACUAAUAUUCCUCCAAAUUAAUAACAUAUUUUA